CCGACAGUGAAGGGCCCGACAUAACCGAUGCUUCACUAGAAUGUAAUGAUCAAAAUGUUACGACGACGCCAUCAACGUACGUUAGUAAUGAAUCAACAAAUGCUGGAGCCAAUAUAACAACACAGGGACAAAACAAUGCAUCACUUGCUACGACUGUGUAUAACAUUUCAGAAAAUGCUAGCACUAGCGGUGUUGCAACCAACUCUGUAAUUAAAAAAAUUCCAUAUUACUGUGAACCCCCGUAUAAUGAUGCCGAUGGAGACCCAUACCAUUUAGCAGAUUUUAGAUCAGCUUGUUAUAUCGCUGCUACUGUAUUUGCUGUACUUGGUAUUUUCGGCAACACCUUGUCAUUUUUUGUGUUGUACAAGGACCCUGCAAAGGGGACAAGUAUGUUUUAUUUAAAGGCAUUGGCCAUUGUGGAUUGGUUAGCAUGUGUCAGUGUUGUAGCGUUCGAGUUCCCAUAUUUCUUGUACCUACACACCCAUCUUCUUGAUAAAUCAAUUGAUGCCAAUCACCAUAUGAUGUCCAUUUUUCCUAUUACGCAGUAUCUGACCAUUAUUUUCACUACAUUUAGUUCAUGGCUAUUGGUGGCUAUCUCGGUUGAUCGUUAUAUAGCCGUUUGUCAUCCGUUUAAAGCUUCAACCCUUUGUACGAUAGGACGCGCUCGAAUUACGUUAGCUGUUGUUACCAUUUUUUCUUUUGCUAUUCAUAUUCC